GGUACAUAUGCAAAUACCUACUCAAUGCGACAAUGCGACAGAACAAACUUGCAAGCUCUGGGGCAAAAUAGCUAGAGUACCGGUGUGAUAAGUUUCCGCUUUUUGUAUCCAGGACUGUAAGGUGGCCACUUGGCGAACGCCUUCGUAGAACAAUGCUAAAGAACAAUGGCUAUGCCUGACGGUAAUCUGGAGCGAGAUGCAAGUCCUCGAGAUGGGCCUCCGUCAGCCAGGCGAGGAUAAAAAGGCUGGUGAUGCCCGGCAAGAAAUCCAUCUCAUCAGCAACAGCAUCUUCGCACUUCCAAAGCCUCGAACAUCCAAUAUCAACCUCUUGCAAAGCAUUUCCGCUUCACCACACCUAAACAGCAAAAAUGGCCCGCUCCGCCCAGACCGUCAUGACCAAGCCCCAGGGCAAGCCUCAAUACAUCGGCUACCUUGGCUGCACCGUCAUGGCCAAGCCUCAGGACAAGCCUCAAGGCAAGCCUCAGUACAUCGGCUACCUUGGCUGCACCGUCAUGUAAACAGCCUACGGAUGAGAGACACAGGCGGCGCGUUACGCCGGCACAACUCACACUCGUCACUGCAGAGUUUCUUUGAGUAGUUCCCCACGGGGUCUCAUGGCAAACUCUCAAUUCGGAUUUUCUCACCAAUUUUUUGCAACAAUUGUCAAUUUUUAGGCCU